UUAGUUGUUUUGUUUAUAAACAUAUCCAUUUGCUAUUCAGUAUCAUGUUUUCCUAAACUGUUGCUAUCAUAGUUGUGUGCAGACGUGUACUGACAGAAGCCACUACAUCGAACACGACCCGACCCGGCCGAAAGCCGCACAUGCGCACGGGAUAGUGGCCGCCAUCCGCAAAUUAAGACCUGACGUAUCACAAACACUGCGCACUCGGUAUCACAAUAAAUAAAUCAGAAGAAGGAAAAAUAGAAAAUCAGUGCGAAUACGUUACAAUUGCUCCCAAUACCAUACGAUACGUCGAUUGACGUAUUCAGGAGAAGACUACCAGCCGCGCACUGUCAAAACAAAUCAGCGCUUCUGCGAUGUAAACAUGAACGAACGUAAGAUAUUGUUUUUCAUUUUCUCAUUAUUAUUUUACUGUUUUUACUGCGUUAACAUGUGGUUCAUGACACACAACGGGAACAAGGACGUGGUGGAUGACAGGAAAACGAUUAAGUUUGCGCCAGAAAUAAUUGAGAACAAAUCUGAAGCAAAACCUGUUUUGAAGACAAAGAGCAUUCCAUUGAUUGUGAAAGAUGCGUGCGGUGCGUUGCAAGUGUUCACGGAAAAACCAUUAGUAAAAGGAAAGAAAACUAAAAAAGAAAACAAAGAAAAUAUGGAACCUGAGAACAAUACCCUCACAGCUAUAGGAAUUACUACAUUUCUUAUCAUCUUAAUUUUAAAUGCUGUACUAGAUGUACUUAAAGCAAAAGAAGAAGAGAGAGCGAGAAUGAAAUUAAACCCUGACGGUGGACGAAGGCAUUCUUUAGCGGAGUUUGCUAACAAGAAGACAUUGAGAAGAGAAUCUAGCAAGUUUAGUCUCCAGCUAUUUCAGAUUUCAGAAACGGCAGUGUCGGACGACAAAGGAGGAAGUAAGAAUGCAACCCGUCGUGUCCCUUACAAGAGAGGUGAAUCUAUCAACUCUUACCUAAGUGAUAAGAAAGGCCCAGGAGAAUCUUCUGCGCCGGCGUCUGUUGACACACCAGUUUCUGAAGCAAAUCCUAUUAAAAGACAAUCCGUUGUAAAACUAUUUGGUGGCAGACCAGUGCCGAUGGUGCGACGAUCUUCAUUCCCCGUGUUACCUUUGAACCCUGAGAUUCAAGCAUUGAUGCUGAGCAGCCGACAGGCGUCUUUUGACAGUGAUGAUGAGGGGAAUAAGAAGAGACGUCGAGUGCGCAUCUUACGUAGAUAUUAAACAAUUUUUUGCACUGUACUUUUCAUGUCAAUAUUCAAUACGAUGAGUCUUCACUGUAACAUCUGUUCUACAAUAUUGCUAUCCCUUUCAUUCUUCUUGGGUAUAAAAGAGAUAACAAUGCUGUUCCUAAACACGUGUUGACAGUUGAAAUUCAAUGUAUACGCACUUCUUCAACGAAAUUCAAUGAAAAGUUACAAAAUUUAUAUUUCACAUUUUUCGAAUAUAUCACGAAAUAUUU